GUAAAAUGGAUCCCUUUGGUGCCCUUAACAACUCAAAUCUUCAACCAACAUACCUUCAAAGCCAUGAAAUUGAAAACAAGAGUCCAGGUCAUUGAGACAGCUGAGUACUAGCUCUCAGACAACUGCUUGCUUGCAACAAAUGCUUCUCAAAUUUGGGCUUGAACCUUGUAAAAAUGCUAAUGAGUCAGCUGAACACAGUCAUUGAUCCUUGUAAUGCUCCGAUCAGGAGGAAAUAAAUCGAUUUAUUCAAAGAAUGCAAAUGAUGAGGAAAAUUCAUUCAAUAGACUGAAGGUAUCGCCAAAUGGAUUUAAAAGUCGUAAUUUAAGCACAAUGCAUACAGGUGUCGAUCAAAGUCGGACUUUGGUAGGAAAGAAUAGUAAACUUUUGAAGAAUGCAACUAUUGAUAUCAGAGUGAAUGGGAACAACAACCUGAAUUCUUCAAUCCAGCUAUCGGAAAACCAUGGUGAAACCACUACAAAUUCACAGCUAAUGGGUGGAUUCGGAGAGACACUGAACUACAACUUGAACACCAGCUGCUUGCUACCAAAGAAGGGCAAGAAACGGAGACUUCUUGGGCAUCCAUUUAAAAGCUUUAAGGUUAAGAGAAAGUCUACUCUUACCAAGAAGCAGAUCAUAAAAUAAGUCGAUUUCACUGAUGAAAAUGGGCUUUUUAAAGAAAUUCAGGGAGAAAAUCAGUGAGGAAGAGAAGACCCUCGACCUCCAGAAAAUGAUUAAUCCAACUAAAGAAAAAUCUCUACCAAGUUUGAACCCUAUAGUUACUGAAAAAUCAAAGCUAGAACCGAUUUCAAAAGGAAAGAAGGCAAGCGGAUCUGAUCGGAAUAGCGGCAAAGGCCAUGACAUCUCUACAUCCUUAAGACAGUCCAAUGACCUUAGCCUUAAUAGCAGUUUGAAAAAGAAGCACAAGAAGGCAAAUUUGAAGGUCCUUGCUAGGAAAACUAAGAAUGAUGUAAACAGGUCGCAUACAGGCAGCACAGGAAAGUCUACGAAGGUAUUUAAGAUUGAUGAUUAAGCAAGCACUGGCUUAUUUGG